UGCUGAACAACCUUUGAAAUAAAUAAAAGCUGCCUAUUGGUGUUCACAUUAAGAGAAGAUUUGGAAAAAGUGGGAAAUGUCAACAUGUAGCAAGGAAAUAGUUAAUCUGUAAAUUUGAGGCAUUUGUUUCUGAAGCAGAUUUUCCUCAUGAAUAGCAUAACUGGAUGGAUGCCAUGCAGAGAGGGGCCCUUCAAGAUGGUAUUUGUUCUCCUCUUGGUAAUCUGUUCUGUUGCGUUCUUUGGUGCAGUAGUUGAACGUCUGCUUUAAUCGCGUUUCGGUUCCUCUCCCCAUUACCUCUCCAAUGACUAGCAGACUCUUACCUGAUUUACUGGGGAAUUUGCAGCUUUGAAUUUGCAGUUAUGUUCUUCACAAUCUCAAGCUCUUCAUCAAAUCAUCCUAGCAAAACAUUCUCUGAAACUGGAGCAGUUCUUCAUUUUUGUUUACCAGCUCUUUCAGGAGUGCUGAUAGCGUUUUGCGUGUGUGAGUUAUCCUAAUAGCAAUACGGGCAUCUGAGUAGGAAGCUGAAUGUUGCAGAGAGGUUGCAGGUUGAGCAGAAGAGAUACCUGCGUACAGUGUAGCCCUUAUUCAGGUACACAGGGAUCUCCCUGGCUUCAGCAUGUCAGCUCUGACAGAUUUUGGUGCAUUCAUUUAGACGUGGCUGGCCAGUCUGUGACUGUUGAGCUGUGUGGGGCUCUUCAGCAAUUUGGGUGCAGCUGCUUUUCCAGGGCUGUGGUCCAUGGCCAGACUCUGGCAUCCAAACAUCCAUCGAUGGGUUAAGGUGACUUGGGGGAGCGGCUGUGGUCAGUGCUGCCCAGUCUUGUCACACAGCGCAGCCGUGGGAUUUUCCAGGGAGCUGUUCCGUUGUUUGGUUAGUGAGUGCAGCCUCCACUUGGCUCUCCAGGGGCCUCAGUGUGUUUCUUCUGUUGUUAAGGGAGAUGUUACACAUUAAAAUCUGAGCCAAAGUAACAGUAUGUUGCAGGUGAUGUCACCCAUCCCCACCUGGCCACACCCUGCUGUUGUUCACCUCUUGCAGGCUCUGAUGUUUAUCUGACAAUAUGAGAAGCCGGUUCAGUAGAGUAGAGCAGCAAAAAAAAUCCAUCAAAAAAAAAAAAAAGUGAGUUUCUUUUCUGCCAGUUCUGCAAAAGGAUGUGUUUUAAGGCUGGUGCAGGGAAGGGAUCAGGGAUCAUCCAGGAGCAGGCAUGGGAGCUGUGAAACCGGUGGCAAGGCUAAGCUGACCUGGUUUCCCUUGCUGUAACUUGUGGCUUCACACUCUGCUAUAUGAAAGCUUUGACCUGUGGCUUGAAGAGUCAAGAAGUUUCUGUGUUAGGAAGGAAGAAUCUGAGAGUUGCUUGACAGAUGCUUUAAGAGAGCCUGUUCACUGAGACCACAUUUGAAACAUAAAGUGAAGACAGGGCAUUCUUGGCUUUUCCUGGAUAAAGUAGUUUGAAUGUUGGGGUCUCAUACCCUGUUUCUAGGAUACUUGCAAAUCUGGGUGCUUGAUUCCAAAGCGUGCAUUUUGUUACUUUGGCUCAUACAAAAUAAUGGUCGUUAUGAAACUCAUUGUAUGAUUUCAUAAAUUUACUUAAAUCUUGUCAAGUCGUGAUAGCUGAUUGCAAUAUGAAUGUUUUCCCUUAGUGUGUUGUGGAACCAGUCCUAAAGGCAGUAAUUUUUGCUGCAGCACACAGCAGCUUGAUACUCAGCUGCAGAACCAUAGAUUUGAUACUUCUUUCAAUGUUUCUGAAGUUAGUAGGGGAAAUGAUCUGUUUCUGAAUGGCUAUAUCGAGUAAAUGAAUCGGCAUGUGAUCCUGAUAGAGGGGAAAAUGGACCAGCUGCCCUUUUUCUUCAUUGCUUUUUCUUUAAGAAGAAGAAAAAAACACUAAUAUUUGCAUUUUGUUCUGACGGUGUCCUUGAAUUCUGCAAAAUUAGUCGUAUCGGAUGUCUGACUACACAGAUUACUGAUGGUGUGAGAUACCUUGCCACAUGCCAGACCAGUAGUGAGACUGCAGGCAAGAAUCUGCUUGACUAGAAAGUGAAAACUUACCUUGAUUGAAGAAAAGGUUUCUUAGUAAUGAGAGAUUAAUAACUUUUGUAAUGUUUUUAACUGUAAAGAAUGUCAAACACAUUUACAAAACUGAACAAUCCGUCUGUGCUGUAACGUAAUGUGUGUUUAUUUAACAGCACCACUUAAAAAUGGAGGCUAAGAAACUAGUAAAAAUAUCUAACUAAAAUUUUGAGAACGUAACUAGCUAUUUUGUAUUGGGGACACCAGGUUUAAUGCAACUUUAUGAAGAAGUCUUGUGAUCAGUUUCCUGUAUGUGCAGGAUGUUGAAGCCUGGCAUUAAUUCUCUUCUGAAAGGUACUACCAUCAUCAGUGUGCGGUCUAGUACUGUGCAAAAAAAAAAUCAGAUUCAGCAAUAAGAAAGGAAAAACUUUUUACAGUUGUCUCCUUAUUUCCACAGAAGGCGCAGCCAGAAUUUGCCUCGAGUGCUUGCUCUUCUGAUCUAUUUAUGUCAAAAUAAACAAUAUCUUAAGAGAAUAUUGUCUUAAGGAAAAAAAAAAUGGGAAUCUCAUCACCUGGAAUCAUAUUUGUAAUUUCAUGGUUGUCGUUGAGGUUAGGACCUGUAGACCCAUCUGGCUUAAUGGAAUAGCUGAUCGCUACGUGGACAAGUACCAGUUAAGUGUAGAAGGAAAAGCUUUUUCACCCUGAGGACAGGCAGACAAUGGAGCAGGUUGCCCAGAGAGGUUGUGCAGGCUCUGUCCUUGGAGGUUUUCAAGACCCACCAGCACACAGCCCUGAGUAGCCCGGUCUGGUCCCAGAGCUGGCCCUGCUUUGGGCAGGAGGUUGGGCUGGAGCCCUCCCGGGGGCCUUUCCUGCCUGAGGGAUUCUGUGGUUCUGUGAUUCGAAGCAUGAGGUUCAUCUGAUUUUUAAAAGGCAUUUGAUGACUGCAGUGUCCUCUCUUACUCAAUCCAGGCUGCUAGUUGUAAUCUUAGUCUCUUUCUUUUCGUUGUCUCAUUUCCUUGUCAUCAGUCUCUUUGCCUGCUUAGCUUGUGUUUUUGGUAUUCCAGCCCACUGUUUUUCUUCUUUGCCAACUAACGUCUCUUCCCAGCCGCUCCUCCAUCUUAUUUCUCGUCCGGCUUCCUUACUUGAUUUUUUUCCCAGUCCCAGUUCCCUCCUUUUGCCCAUCCACCCUCACUCCCUCUGGCUUCUCCCCUCCCCCCCUCAAUGCCUGGCCUUUGGCCAUGCAGUGGUGAAAACAGACAGCUUCCUCCUCCACACUGCUCGGUCAGCGGGGAAGUGGAUAUUCUCCAGUCCUAGAGGAUCAUCUAUUUGCUCUCAGCUUCCAUGUGGCUUACCUCCUGCAAAACUGUUCAAGAGCACAGGCAGUCUUCCCUUGUCCCCUUAUAACGUGGCCAAAUUUGAGUGGACAUUGGGUGCCUACCACUAAUAGAAGAAUCUUUUCUCCAUUUACCAGCACCAAAGAGUGUGAUGGUUUAUUCCUAUAACUUCUGUAGCUCACUGAGGUGGUCUCCUGUUGAAGUGGACAGAGGCUCGGUGUUGUAUACAGUCCAUUUUAAAACAGGGGCCUUUAACCAGUGGGAUGAGAUGAACUGCACCCGUAUUACCCAGACUGAAUGCAACUUCCCUCAGUUACUUAACAAACGGCGUUGGACUAUCAUUUUGCGUGUGAGGGCUGAGUUAGGGCAAAUGGUUUCUGACUGGGUGGAAACAGAUCCAUUUGUGGCAGAGAGAAACACUACUCUAGGACCCCCUAAAGUGAACAGUGUGACUGUAAGCUCUGACUCACUUCUCAUUAGUGUUACACCCCCUUUUGGAUCUGAACUAGGUGAGCAUCUUCAGUAUCAUGUGUCCUACUGGGAGAACUCAACAAGUACUACCAAAAAAGAGACAAAGACGAGCAAUACGCUAUUCAAAAUUAGAAAUCUAAAGGAGAUGACACUAUAUUGUUUUAAAGUACAAGUAGAGUUCAUGAUAGAUCCAGAUCUCCAGAUACUUGGACUACAAAGUGUCCCAGAGUGUUACAGAACUACAGUCAGUGAGGCAACCAGAACUGGAUAUAUUAUACUAAUAUUUCUGUUAACCUUAUUUCUUGUAAUUCUUGUAAUAGUUGGUUUGUUUCUUAUGUGGAGAUACCACAACACAAUUAAAUACUGGUCUCGGCCACCUUUCAAAAUCCCAUCACACUUUGAAGAGUAUUUAAAAGAUCCCAGCAUGCCUGGUUUAGAGGCAUUGGAGAAUUGUGCUGAGGAAGAGCCCUGUGAUUCCUUAUCUGUUGUGUGUGAUGAAGAAAGAAGCCAGGAAUGUGAUGGCAAUGGGGAGACUAAAGCUGAUUUCCACAGCAGCUCCAGUGACAGUGAACUAACUUAAGUGGGGCCUCUAGUGAGACACCUGAACCCAGCCUUGCGAUGCCUCCCACGAGUGGCACUCCCCAGCUACUGACAGGACAAGCUAUGGCCAAAAUGCUGUCCUUGUCGAAUCCUGGGCAAAAGUCUGCUUCCUGAGGGUAUUGUGGAACCUGAGCCUUUGUUUAAAUGGUUUCUGCUGUACUACAAUAGCACCUGCAUUCUCCUGGAAAGAGUUAAAAGGUGGAACGUGAAGGGGAAAUGAACACUAAAUAGCCAUAAGACAGACAGAUAUGAUUGAAACAAAACUGAUACGUUAACAUCAUUGUAAUAAACCUUUUCCCAAGGUGCAACAAAGCUUUGAGAAAUGCAGCACUUUAUGGUAGGAUGUAAUACAACCUGGGAUUUUUCAGUGAGUAAUUGCAUCAUCAAUUACUUUUAUAGUGGCUUUUUUGUUGUUGUUCUUGUUGCUUUAUUUGUGAAUUCUGUCUUAGCACUCAAAGUGUAUUACAUUCACCUCCAAUAUCCUUUUUUGAAUCAGUUUAAGUACUUGGUCUUCUGUGACUUCCACUUCUUUGCUCCAGAUAAAAAUGGCAGUCUAAAGAGAAACCGACUGUACUUUACCUUCCUCAGAGUGAACCUGUGCAAAGAACUCCAAGAAAGGCACCGGACAGUUCAUUCCUCCUCCCUUGAUAUGUGCCUCCUAAUGCAUUCAUAAGAAGCAUUAAUCUUUUGCUCCUACAGGGAAACAAUGAUAUUCUUCAUGGUAAAAAAUGAACUUUAAAAUACAUUUUGUUCAGCAUUUGUAUGAAAUGUAUCAACAAUUAUCAGACACUAGAAUUUCUUUUUGGCAAUCAGACUAGUCCUGCAAAAGGAAAGAUGAAUGUGUGUUUUGAGUCUCAUGAAGCAGAAGCAGUCGACUGAAUUAAGUCUUACAGCGCAAUCGGCUAAGGAAGGAAAGGAAGGGUGGAACCUUUCCACUUCCCAGUGCGGAAAUAAUUAAAAAGAAAAAAAAACACACACACACACACACACAAAGUAAAAGAAUUAACCACUUCUUACAUAAUAAAAGGUAUUUUUAUUCCACUAAAGGUGUUUGUUUAAAAAUGAAAUAAAAUGAAUAUCCUUAA